AGGUGGUGCUGCUGCCUGCGGGGAGGGAGCUGGAUGAAGCCUUGUGCCUCAGGGUGGGUUCGCCAGCCCCUUGGGCAUGAAGGGGACCGUGGGAACUCUGCCCUGGCCAGCAGCCGGUCGGGGGCUUCAGGAAGACAGCUGCCUUCAGAUGAUACAGAACUCACUGACAGUUGCUCUUGCUUCAACCCUACUUCAUGAGAACUUCAAAAGAUACUGAGCAGAUGGUACGUGAACAAUACACUACAACGACACCAGGCACUAGCCUAGAGAGGCCGAAGAAUGAGUAUGUCUACAAAAUUGGAAUUUAUGGCUGGAGAAAGCGUUGCCUCUACCUGUUUGUACUCCUCCUGCUUAUCAUCCUAGUUGUGAAUUUUUCUUUGACAAUUUGGAUUCUUAAAGUGAUGUGGUUUUCCCCAACUGGAAUGGGACACCUGCGUGUUACGAAAGAAGGGCUUCGUCUGGAAGGGGAAUCAGAAUUCUUAUUCCCUCUUUAUGCCAAAGAAAUCCAUUCUCGAGUGGACUCAUCACUGCUUCUCCAGUCUACUCACAAUGUGACUGUGAAUGCUCGCAAUUCAAAUGGAGAAGUCACAGGCAGAUUAAAUGUGGGUCCUAAAAUGGUAGAAUUCCAUGGUCAGCAAUUUCAGAUCAACUCAAAGGAUGGCAAGCCACUUUUUACAGUGGAUGAAAAUGAAGUUGUAAUUGGCACAGACAAACUUCGAGUCACAGGGCCUGAAGGAGCACUUUUUGAACACUCUGUAGAAACACCACUUGUGAAAGCAGAAGCGUUUAAACAACUUAGGCUGGAAUCACCGACUCGAUCUUUGAGCAUGGAUGCACCACGAGGAAUUAAUAUUAAAGCACAGGCUGGGAAUAUUGAAGCUCUUUCCCAGAUGGAUAUCAAACUACACAGCAGUGAUGGUGUGCUGUUGCUCGAUGCUGAAACUGUGCGACUGCCCAAAUUGCCUGAGGGUACAAGGGGUGGAUCGGGUGUUUCUCAAGGGCUCUACGAAAUCUGCGUGUGUCCAGAUGGAAAGCUCUACUUGUCAGUGGCCGGCGUGGGCUCCACUUGCCAAGAGUACAGCCGUGUCUGCCAGUGAGGCGCCAGAAAAGGCUGCACCCCCCCUUGCUAGUCUGAGUUUUAUACUAUUGCUAAAGACUAUUAAACGAAAGCAGAAUUUUCAGAAUCUCAAAAACAAUGUAUAUCAGUUUGGGAAACAAAUCUGAAUCUACAAUUCUGGAGUACAGGGUGAAAGGAGAAGAAGAGCACAAAUGAUAUUUCAACUUCAGAAGAAUGACUUGAAUAAAAUUCUGUCAGUAACACUUUGAAAACAGCCUUACAGAGAGCAUAAAAAAAAAUAAAGGAAGAUGUUUCCUUGCUGAACUAUUAUUCAGUCAGAUGAUUAUGUCAUUGUUAAUAUUUUCGAGCUCCGUGGGUUUUUUCUCUCACUACAUGUAAACACUGCAUUAGUGGGUGAAAUUAAAUUGAGGGAACUACUUGAACUAAGACAAAGCAUUAUUUGGAGAAUUCAGAAAGUGCCAGCAAAUGGUCUAUGCAAUUUUGUUCUUGCAAUAACACAAGAUAUGAAAAAUGUGUGUUUUGUAUAAGUUCUGUGUAAAAGGUGAUGAUUUGUUAACAGCUUUCAAUUUUAAUUUGGCUACAUGGCUACAUAUAUGCUGAUUUGCUGAUUACAGAGAAUCAUAUAAAAAUAACUAACACAAAAAGCUCCAGGAGUCAUUUACGCCUCCCCGUGUCUCAAAUCUGCUUAAUAUACAACAGAUAAGUAUGUUAGUAUAUUUUAAAAUAGCAAUAGUUUGUUGUACCGCCUGUACUCUUUUAUAUUUUAGGACAUGCUAAUUCAACAAGGCAAUUUGCUCUGCCAGCUGGACUAAGAAAAAAUAUGUGGCUCCAGAUUGUCUGACACAAGGAACUGUUUGGGUGGUGGGGAAAAAAACCCCUUUUCUGCAGCCCACAGGAUUCAAUUAAGAGGACUAUUUCAUUUCCAUCUGCAGCUGUUGAGUGAUAUUUCUGAUCCUGUCUGAGUGGGACUCAGUCACAAGUGGAGAGAGUAAAACUACUCUUCAUUAUUUUUUAUGUUAGGACUUUGAAUACAAACUAAAUGCUCACCAGAGCUGAGAAACCAUUUAUUGACCUUGUAGAGAAAUACAACCACAGACCCAUUCCCCUGUACAGUGUUGCACUGAACACAAAUAAAUUGUUCGCAAUCUGGGUAGCAGGAUUUGUAUUUAAUAGUCUAUUGUUUAAACCUCAUGUUUUUUAACUCUUUGAUGCUGUUUUGUAUUUACUUGAUGAUGUUAUUACCCUGGUAGGAGCUGCUAUCACAUAGUGCCUUGGUGUCUAUUUACAGAAAGAUUUUAACCCAUAAUUGUUAUCAAACUACAGGAUGUCUAUCCUUUAGAGAAAAGAAUCAUCACCCUAAAAGCAAGAGAAUCAGAAAAAACUAAUUACUAAGACUAUGUCAUUUUCAAAACUUGCUACUUACGCUCUGGUGGACAAAUGAAGAAAGCCAACACUCAGUUACAAUCCCAGACACCCACAAAAGACUAAGUUGAGAAAGAGCUCCCUGUUAACAGUAUCUGAUGUUACUGUGGUAAAGCCCUGGGUAGUCCCUGCCUCAAGGGCUGCCUUUGUAAAUUACCCCACAAAUCUAAUGUAUGAUACUGAAAUUGCCCUUCAUUAGCAGGGUGGAGCCGUCAGCAAUUAAUGCAAACUGGAAGAGCUUCAAUAGGAGAAGUAGGAGAUGUGCUUAAGCUGAACUUUUGAGUCCCUUCAGGCAAAGGUGGCAAGUGAAUCAAGGUCUCCCAUGUUAUUUGGGGUGCUCCAAUUGCUAAUGUUCCCUAAGGGAAAAGUAAGAAGCCACACAUUUUCCAUUUCUGAAAUUUCCUUUCCUAGGCUUACACAUCUACCUUCAGAAGUGAGUCCAGGGCUGUUGUCCCUAAAGAGUGGAAUGUAUAGCUAUCUACAACUGUAUCUCUCAGCUAUAUCUCUCUAUAUCUCUCAACUACAGCUCUCUACCACUAAGCCAUCAGUUGAGACAGACUUUGACAGAAUUCUGUCUUCAGCAUUCCUUUAAAGUCACUAUAGCUCCAUGCACAACUUUUUGCAAAUCAUAUUAUGAGCAGACUUAGCUUAUUCAUUGCAUAGAGAGUAUAGGACAGCAAAUUCCAUUGCAUGUGCCAGCUACCUAAAAACGGCUGCUACAAGUGACUUGGAGGGCUGUAAUGUCUACAGUCUUUUAUAAAUGUAGUAUAACAGCACAACUGGGACUUCAGUCCUUAAAGAAUUCAGCCACAAUCGAGUUUCAAAGGCCUUUGAAUUGUCAGCAUACCUCUGUUUCUGACAUCAAAGAACCUGUGCACUCUUCCAUGUGGUACCAAACUACUCAUUCACCAAAUCUAAUCCCAAAAUGUUAGAUAGAUACUGUAAAUAAGUGCAUUUGUUACAAUCUGUCUAUUCUGCUGGCAAUGGAAAAAGCAUUUCAAGUUAUGUAUUUUAAGCUUUUGUUUUGGAGGCACGUUUUUUAAAUGAGAUUUGCCAGUUAAUACAAAGCAAGGGACUAAAUCCAGGCUUUCCAUGUAUCACAGGAGCAAGCUAAACUAAACUACUGGGUAUUUGGAAGCAACCUCUGUUGCAACUUCCUACACUGAAUUUAGUUCACAUUUUUACAAACCUGUGGUAUACAGCUGGGAAAAUCAAAGUGCAUUUCUCUGGCUAGUAACACUACUAAGCAUUAUAGCACCUCACUUAGAUAUUGCUAUAAAUGCAGCCUUUCUUGUGGCCAUAAACCUUUUGGACAUGCCUCAGUUCACAGGUGGAUUCUAAGUAGUACAGAAAACUAAACAUUGGCUGUAUCCUCGGCUGUGCUAUCAUCCAAAUCCCCAACUUGCCCCUGUUCCUUGUUUAAAUUUCAUUCUUCUUUUCAUUGUUACAAAAUUGACAUUGAAAAUAUAGCUGCAUUGUAUAAGCUGUGAAGGAUUUUUAAAGAGUGGAUGGCAACUUCUUGUCACUGAAGAACUUUUUUUUUUUUUUCUUUUAGGUGCAGUUAGUGAAGAAACAAAGUUUAUGCUAAAAUUACCAUGGUGUAAUCAGCUGAUGCUAUAAUCUGAAUUGAUGUUAAUAUAGUUUAUCUCUAUAUUAUCAUUUUUGAUAUCUCCAUGUGAUUGUCUUUCCAUCUCUAAUGCUUCAAAAUUUUUGCUUCUACUUUAAUCAAGCUUCAAUAAAUAGUUCCAGAUGAAGAGAAAAUUAUGGCACAAGAAAGUGAGAGUAUGCACUUCUCUGUUUUCAAAAGUGUUAUCCAAAUGCAGAAUCAAAAAACUCUACCCAGCAUAGUGAACUAUAUUGUUUGCCAUUUUUUUCCCUGAAACAGAAUUAUUUACAGCAGUUCUUUUAACUGGUUGUGACUGUUAGACGGUGGAACAGUAAAAAUAUCAAAAUGGUAGUAAAACUUUUAUUGGUUAUCGCACAAACACAACCCUCUUUGUUUCCAUUUCACAGGUCUUUAGUGGUGGUAUUUGUCUGUCUUUAUAUAGCUUUAUGCAAAAGGAAAUUGCAAGAUUUCUUUA